UACUUUGCAGCAAAGAGUAAAUAAAGAAAAGAUAAAGAGUUUUGGUUUUAUUUCAGCACCAUGGUAACUCAGUUCCAUAUAGUUUUUUUUUUUUGGGGGGGGGGGGAUAAAGGCAGCUAAGAUGGACCCGACAACCGUAGCUGGUUAAUACUUCACUAAUACGCUUUGUUAACAAGCAGCUGGCUUCGGUUAAUAGGGUUUAUAGGGCUGUGUGCUGCAUAGGUAAAGCUGUCACAUGAUUGCUGCGGCCGCUCAGCCUCUCCUCCGGAGCAGCAGCAGUAACAGCCGGGGCUCCGUGAAAACACACGGCUUUGUUUCCCAUCCAUCAACCCCCCCACCGCCGCCGCAUCUCUGCCUCUAGUCAUGCCAUGGAUACUUUGUGGCAAUACCAGUUCCGAAUCAUCCUGCUCGGGGACUCCACUGUGGGGAAGUCAUCGCUGCUGAAGCGCUUCACGGACGGGAUUUACAGCGACGUGGCGGAUCCCACGGUCGGGGUGGAUUUCUACGCUCGCUCGCUUGACAUCGAACCCGGGGUUAAAAUCAAGCUGCAGCUCUGGGACACGGCCGGUCAGGAACGGUUCAGGUCUAUCACAACAUCAUACUACCGCAACUCUGUUGGGGGACUGCUAGUCUUUGACCUCACCAACCGCAAGACCUUUGACCAUGUGAGAGAAUGGCACAAGGAGGUGAGUGAGCACAUCCUGCCCCACCACAUGGUCUACAUACUUAUCGGCCACAAGAGCGACCUCAACAAGGAUCGCAAGGUGAGCCGGGACGAGGCAGAGCAACUUGCUGCUGAGCUGGGAAUCCGCUAUAUCGAGACGUCGGCUAAAUGCAACAGCAACGUGGACCGAGCGUUCGAGCUGCUGACCAGAGAUAUCUACGAGCUAAUGAAGAUGGGGGAGAUUGUUACCCGUGACGGCUGGGAUGGCGUAAAAAGUGGGCUCACUGCAAAGGUCCUCUACCCGGGUGAUGAUGAAGAGGAACUUCCAACUGCAACCGCUGAGAAGGGCUGCCACUGCUAACUAUUGAUUCUUUUUGUCCAUACACUGUCCAGUCGCACUGAGAGCUCACCUUGUCUUGCAGCCGUCAAUAGAAACCAGAUCACCACCCGCCACACUUCUUUCCUCACGUUGUGAAUUGUCCCCUUGUCUUUGUCUGGGUCACGUUAAGAGCUAGUGGUUUGCAAGGCAAUGUGCAUUCCAAUCCUUGUGACAGGUGGUAUCUAGUAAUCUAUGUCUAAAGUAUAACACCAGGUGCACAGAGCCUCAUUCAAUGUGAAAAACAGAAACUAGUCAUUUGCCCUUCUCUCAGUACAGGAUCAAAUGGACUACUGAUUGUAAGGUCUACCUGUCACAGUUUGUGCAAUGUUUUGCCUACACUCUGUUGUAACUCUCAUAAAUAAUGUAGAAAACUAUCGAGAUGGUGGCUAAAAAGAUCACAGGAAGUUGUUCAGUUGGUAGUGCAGAGACACAGCACACUGCAAUAAGUUUAAAUCACAGUGCUCCUCCUAUUAUUUUAAGCUGUGUGCACUAAUCCCUAACUGAUUUUAAACCUUUAAUCAUUUUGUAAAUGGUUGAAUACCAUCAGAAACUGACAAUAUGUGUAGUUAAGAUGUCUAAAUCCAGAUAGACCAUUGUAUUGAAAGUUAGUGGUUCCAUUUCAGGCAUCUGUAAAUAACUCCAGUAACAAGAUGUGUACUAGAGGUAUUUAUGUUUCAGUAAUAAUUAUUUUAAUUGUUGAAAGAAAAGAAAAAUUGACUUCAACCUGCAGCUUUUUGUUACUUCUUUGAACGUUCACUAAUUUAGGUGAUAUUGGUAAUACCAUCACACAUGCCUGAAGAUAAUCAAACCACUGCUCAACUUGGAUAGAUGACUUUGGGAGGAAACUGGAGUAUCCAGAGAAUCAUGAGAAAAAUCGUGAAAGAUACUGUGGGAUUCUGGUCUGUUUUGGACAUUCUCACUCAUUGUACAUAAGGUUCUGCUGUUUAGUGGAAAAAAUCUGAAGUUAAUAGUUACAUUAUGCAACGUAUUUGCAACCAUUUUCAUUUUUCAAAAUACCUCAAAUAUAAAGUCCCUUAGCACUCUUCUAAGUUCUUUCUGAAAGAGGCUGUUGGCAGCAACUGACUUUAUGGGGUGUAGUAACUACACUUUUCCAAGUGAGGGCAGUGUUACCAGCUGGGUGGAUUUCUCACUGGGCCAAGCCCUUUUUCCCACUCCUUGAAAAUGUUUUUUUCUAUCACAUGUCUACCAACCUUUAGCUUUCUUUUGCACUACUGACUUUUAAUGUUUUUAUUUCCAUCAUUGUAUAUUAAGUGUAGCCAACAUCGCAAUAGUUCCCGUACGAGGACAUUUAAACAUUGUGACUACAACAGCAAAGUGAAGAAGGUACUCACACUCACUGCAAAGCGUUUACCUGACUUACAAAACAUUUUCAAGUUUGCAAGUUAACGUGCUAAUGAGAAAACAAUCACAAAGCUACCUGGAGCUGAGCUGCUCUCCACAGAGGAAUGUCAUAAUGUGAAUACACAAAAGUCUUUUAUUAUUUCAGCUUUGCAUCCACAAUGGAAGUCAGAAGUGAUGGGCAUGUAUUGACAAGCGAACUAAAACAGAAGUCUAUCCACUAUGUUCUUCCUUUUAGUUUGGCAGUCUAUGUAACAAUGGCUGUUGCCAUGUGAAGCCUACAGGAGUACAGCUGUUAUGGCAUCCUUUUUCUUGCAUCUAGUGUCUAUAUGUAAGGACCAUCUCAGCUCCCGAGAAAGGGUGGAUCCUAGGAACCGGAGGUGAUCCACAGUUGACACUGUGUUGUUAAAAAUGGUGAGGGGAGGCAGUGUGGGGGGAGUUCUCUAAAAGUUCACUUACAUCCCCACUGUCUUGAGCGGGUUAAGAUCCAAGUGUUUCUGACAGUACCACUGGACCAACUGAUCCACCUCCUGUCUGUAUGCAGACUCAUCACAGUCCUAGAUCAGACCAAUGACAUUGGUGUCAUCUGCAAAUGUAAGGACUUUCACAGACAGGUCUGCUGAGGUGCAGUCAUUUGUGUAAAGAGAGAAGAGGAGUGGGCCAGAUAAGCAACCUGCAGGGGGUACACCAGGGGGCCUGUGAUGUCUUUGAGAUACUUCAACAUCAGCCACUCAAAUGAUUUCAUGACCACAGACGGAAUGGCAACAGCCAUUUAACCCAAUGAUGGUGCGUUUCUCGGGGAUAGGGACGAUGGUGGGGCAUUUGAAGCAGGAGGGAACCUGCCACAAUUCCAGAAACUUGUUAAAGAUCUGAACGAAGAUGGGGUUCUGUUCGUCUGCAAAAGCUUUUAGGCAAAAGAGGGAAAUCUCUUCAGGUGCUAGUGUUUCCCUGGUCUUCUGAUACUGAAAAACCCUAGUCACAGAUCCCAUUUUGGUCACCAUACUUUGGGGGAUGGGCUCCUGUAGCUAGUAAUGAUGUGCAAACGUCUCCAAACUGUCGUUGGGUCAUUAGACGAGAAGCUCUUAGAUACCUGAUCUCCUUCAUCGGGUUGUUUAUUGCUUGCUUAUACAGUGCCUGGUCCCACUGCUGUAAGCCUCUUCUUUGGUCAGAAGCAGCUUCUUAGAUGACAAGAACCACGGUUUAUUUUUCUUGUAUGUGCGAAAGGUCCUCACACUUACUGUAUGUCCUCACAAAAACUGAUGGAAGAUGUCAGUUUCAGCAAGUUUGUCCAGGUCAGUGGCUGCAGCUUCAAAAACUUUCUGAUCUGUGCAGACAAAGCAGGCCUGCAACAUCUGUUUUGACUAAUCAGUCAACUUCCUAACAGUCCUAACCACAGGCUUAGAGCUUUUUAGUUUUUGCCUUCUCCUUUUCCCUGAGAGCUCUGCGCCACGGUCGGCUUAAAACAACUGGAAGCCUGUGAUCUGAAGUGCGCUGUCCUGGAUGUGUACACUGAGCCAGCUGAAGCAGUGGUCGGCAGAUCCAUGGAGUGUAGCAGGCAGUCCUGGCAUACCUUGACAAGCAUGCCUGACCAUUUCCACAGUCUGUGUGUCUGGUAAAUCCCCAAAGAAAGUUGUUGUGCUACCAACCAGGAUCUCAGAAAAACUCAAAUGUUUUCUCAACAUUUAAAAUUAUUACUAUUAAAAAAAGUGUUUAUAAAAAGGUUUUGCACUUUAACUGUAGAAAUGAAUGAAUAAUUGUUGACAUUUAUUAGCUAAAUUAUGGCAACAUACUAUUAAAGUAACCCUAACCCUUGUCUAAUUUAACCAGCACACUUUCUUCUAAUAUGGCAUAGUAAACAGUGAAUUGCAAUUGCAACAAAGCCACAGCUGCACACAUGACAUGCAGCCUUCCCAGGACUGAGAAUUAUUUCCAGACUAAAGAGGUUUUAAACAAAGAGCCAGAUAAUCUGGGGUAUUAAAGGCUGGAUCGUACAACAGGCCACAGCAAACUUUCCCCAUUGGAAGUUCCCCAUAUAAAAUAGAUUAAUCAGUUUAUUCAGUUUACAAUAUACUAUUGUAGCACAGUGUAAGGUAAGGAAGAUAUCUGCAGCAUCACUUUAUUCUUUACUCUCACGCUCAAAUUCACUUUACACCGUAUAUUUUCGUUCAUGUAAAGUAUUAGAUAUGACAUGUUCCCAGUGCAGGGGAUGACUAUCUUACAGGUGCUAAAAGAUUCAAUUUAAGGGAAUAUAUCUGAUGUUCCAAGUCCGUCUUUUUUCACUUAUCUCUCUCCCUUAUACAGGGUAAAACUGCAGAAUAUUCGAUGCUAACACAAUGAUUUCAGUCUACUGUUCUCUUCACCCGACCAUCCCUUACCAAAGCAUACAAAGAUGCCAGACAUGUUUGUUUAAAGGAUGAUACUGGUUCAAAUGUUCUUUUUGGAGACUGUAUUUUUGAAUGUGCUAUCAAAUGCAUCUUUAACCACAAUUAUGAAAUAACUAAGAGUAAUAUUGAGAACAAUAUUUUAAAUGUUUUUAGUUUUUACAAGUUGUAUUACUACAUUAAGUGUGAUGUAGAUUAUGUAGAUCUUUGCCACUUUCCAUUGCAAACCCAGCUCUCAGAUAAUGUAAUUUUUUUUAAAGAAGCUUUGUUUUCACAGAAAUCUGCCUGUUUGGCUGCAAAGUGUGAAAUUACAAUAUUGUGCCACUCAAAUGUAUGUCUGUGGGUUAAAUCUAGAACUAGAGGCAGUUUCCAUAGCAGUCGUUAUGCUACAUCAAAGGACUGGUACCAGAAGAAAAGGUUGGAAUAGCCUCUGCUAAGCUAGGCUAGUUAGUUUUUGCACCACGCUGUAUUUUUAGACUGAUUAUACAAUCAUAAAUAAUAAACUGUUACUUUUAGACCAUCUUAGAUUCAGUAUUAUUUGUAUAAUUUCUAACUAAGGCUAGCUUAGCAUAGCUGUUAGCUGGAGGUAGGUUUUCCCCUUCUACAAUGUCACUUUAUUUUAAAGCUGUUCUUUUUUCUGACAUUGUCUGUUGCUAAACAGAUUCUUAAUGAGAACCAUGUUUUCAAAAGCUGCAUCAGAUUUUUGGACAAAGUUUCUUUUGGUGAUUAAAAUGAACAUGUUUCUUAAUCAUAAACCAAACCUACUUUUCAACCUUCAGUUUGCAGAAAGCUUUUAACAAGAGAUUUGAAGAGUAAAUGUGAAGAGACUGAUGUGUUGGGUUCCAGCAUUGUUCUAAAUCACUUCUCAUGAUGAAAAACUAAAAUGCAGCCCUAACCUCUCCUAAACUCUUAGGAGGUUUGAAGUCACAAACAAUUUUUUUUUUACUUUAUUUGUCAUUUAAAUUGUUUUCUGGGCGAUGUAAUCUUAUUAACUGAUAAAAGAAUAAAUAAAUAGAUGUUCAAUAUA